GUUUGGGUGUGGGAAAUAAACGAACUUAUCUUCUAUGUUUUUGUGGUUUUUGUGAUAAAAAAUGAUCCCGAAAGAUAGGACUUAUCUUUGUUUAUCGCUUUUAAUAUUGUUUAGUUUGAUUGUUAUUAGCGCAGGGCAAAACUUCUGGAAAAUCUCGCAACCGAAUGUAAGCAACAAGCAAACACGCGACACAAACAAAAUAAUAUGGUGCACAAUCAGCAGGGCAGAGUUUCAAAAAUGCAGAAACUUUGCCAUGGCAACCGAAAGGGACAGAAUAAGGGUUGCUUAUGAUACUUUAACACUUAGCUGUGUCCAGGCAACCAACAAAGAUGAAUGCAUGGCAUUACUUGAUGAAGAAAAGGCCACCAUGACCACCUUGGAUGCUGGGGCUAUUUUUAUCGGUGGUAGAUAUCAUAGUUUAGUUCCAAUCGCCCAGGAGGUUAUGGAAGGUGGUUUUAAUUAUUAUUUUGCUGUUGCUGUGGUGAAAAAAGCUACAUUAACUGAUGUUUUCUCUUUAAGAGAUUUACGUGGAAAGAAAGCUUGUUUUGCUGGUGUUGAAACUUAUGCUGGAUGGGUUUUACCAAUAAAUACAUUGAUGAAAAUAGGUGGCAUGGACAUUAUAGAUUGUAAUAACCAUGUUAAGACAGCUUCAAACUACUUUGGAUCAUCUUGUGCAGUAAACUGUUUGUCGGACAAGUACAAUCCGAUUGGUGAUAAUUCGGAUAGGCUUUGUCAGUUGUGUAUCGGUAAAAUACCUGGUGGUAGAUGUACGGAUACUGAUCCAUAUGCUGGUUAUGAAGGUGCUUUCAGGUGUUUGCUGGAAAGUGGGGAUAUAGCAUUUUUAAAGCAUAAUACUGUCAGUGAGGCCAUUGCUGGGAUGGAUUAUGCCGGACUAAGCCCCGACGGAUUCGAACUACUCUGCACCGACGGGUCCAGAAGACCCAUAACGGACCACCUGGGCUGCAACUGGGGCAAAGUGCCCACGGACGCCGUAGUCACCUCGUCCGCCGUGUCGUUCGAACACCGCAUCAAGUACCAAAAGUUCCUCGAAAAGGCCUCGCAAAUCUACUUCAAACGCAACGGCACUUACAGCUCCAGACCAGAAUUCGACCAAUUCGGAAAUAAAGUCAACAAUCGAUUUGAUAACGAUGAUAGUAAUAAUCCUAGGCCGGAGUUGGAUCAGUAUGGAAACAGAAUUUACGAUAAUCAGAAUGAUAACGACCAGAAUUACGGGGUUAACCCCAAUAACCCCGGCGAAAGACCGGACUUUGACCAAUUCGGCAACAAAAUAAACCGAUUCAAACGUCAAAAUUUCGGCGAUUUUGGUACGAACCCCUACGAUAAUAAUCCCUCGAGAAACAACGAUAAUCCCUACGCAAACGGUGACAAUCCGUACUCCCAGAACAACAACAGGGACAAUCCCUAUUCGUCAAACACCGAUAAUCCCUACACCAAUAACAACAACAGGGAUAGAGGCAGCAAUCAAGAGCUCUACGGUAACGAUAGAAACCCCAACUCGAACGCCAACUUCGAUCCCUACGGAAACAGGGGAACGUACAUCGAUCCUUACGAGACGGACGAUAAACGUAAAAAUCAGGACGAUCAGUUUUCGAGGGAUCCCUACACCUUGAAUAGGGAUAAUUAUGGGGAUAACAUCGAUCCGUAUAGUAGGGAUCCCAAGCCCAAUAAAGAUAUCGAUCCUAGUUAUUUUAAUAACACUUAUGGCGGGCCAAAUCCGAAUAGUACUUAUUAUGAGGUUUUUAGUAUGUUUGAAAGUACUCCACGGUAUGGGCAGCAUGGCAAUUUGCUUUUCCAGGAUGCGGCCAGGAAAAUCGUCCCUCUGCCGGAAAAUUUACAAACCUACACUUCCUUCCUAGCCGACGCUUUAGACACAAUCAUGGGUGUGCGCGAUUGUCCAGUAAACCGCAUGACCAUCUGCGUUACCUCAGACGCAGAAAAAGAGAAAUGCGUCAAAAUGCGUACCGCCCUUAAAGCUCAGUUGUUAAAACCGGAAAUGGACUGCUACAAGGGACAUUCGCAGAUCCAUUGUAUGCAAGCCAUAAGGUCAGGUACUGCAGAUGUGACGGUACUAGAUGCUAGUGAUGUUUAUACGGCCGGUUUAAAUUUUGAUUUGGUGCCUUUUGUGAGUGAGGUGUAUAAUUUGGAGGAUCCGGAGUAUUAUGUUGUUGCUGUGGGAAAAGAGUCUGAUCCUAGUACAGAGUUGACAUAUUUAAGAGGUAAAAACACCUGUCAUGGCGGUAUUAACACAGCAGCUGGUUGGGUGUACCCUCUAGCUUUCCUUAUCAGCAACGGUUGGAUUAGGCCGUACGGUUGCAACAGUAUCAGAGCAGCUGCUGAAUAUUUUACCAAAAGUUGCAUUCCUGGGGCCCUCAGUACCGAGUACAACACUGGCGUACCUUAUGAUAACAUGUGCGACUUGUGUCAUGGACCCACUUUCAGAUACUGCAGAAGAGACCACUCAGAGGAUUACUACGGCCACACCGGAGCUUUCCGGUGUUUGGUGGAAGGCGGUGGUCACGUGGCCUUCGUGAAACAUACGACAGUCACUGAAAAUACGGGCGGGAAGAAACGGGAAUGGUGGGCGAGAGAUAACUUGAAUGACGAUUUUGAGCUUCUUUGUCCGGACGGUACAAGAGCUGAAAUUAACGAGUACCAAAGAUGUAAUUUGGGCAAAGUAAAGGCUAAUGCUGUUGUUACAAGAGGCGGUUAUGGUUAUAAUGAGACUCAUAUAAAUGCCUACAUAAAUCUGUUUAUGUAUGCCCAGACUUUCUACGGACGAAAAUUUGCUGAUGAAUUCAGUUUUAGCAUGUUUACAUCAACUCCCCCCUACUCGGACUUAAUAUUCUCCGACGCUACCACCCAACUUAAGGUCAUAGAACCCAGUAACAGGUACUACUCGAACUAUCUGGGACCGGACUUUAUGCGCGCGCGCAGAAUAGUCGACUGCCACGCAGGCGCAAACGCGGUUGCCAUCUCAACGGCCAUCCUGACGCUUUCCACCCUUUUCGCCAUUUUCAUACUCGGUUAAAAAAAUAAAAGAAAAGAGUUAAGUAGUUUUUUAUACAAAGAUACAAGCCUUCAAGAAAAUCUAGGAAAAAUGCUACUACUAUUAAUAUUUUAGAGGAAAAAAGGUGUUUAACCCCUUUGUCCCCAAAUUAUUGUUUUCCAAAGUAAAUGAAGCCACUGGUGUAAAUAUAAGAAGGUAAAUAUUUUUUUGUCUUUUAUAAAUUAGACUGGUC